AAUUUAUCGACUUCAGGGUAUCCACAGUUCCGUGUGGUAGCUACACCAUGACGCUAAUGAAGGCGUUGGGUGGGUGCAGCGUGCGGCGGUGGCUGGCUGCGUUGCUGGCAUUAGGCUUGCUGUCCGUUGGGUUAUUGUCGUACCGAAUGGCGUCGCUGUCCUCGCUGUCGUUGCCUCGAUUUCGAGAUUUCCGUCGGAAUCCGCGACCGCGGAUGUCUCCGCCCACCUACAUGUUGGUGCGCGCUAUUGGAAACGCGUUACCACCACGCCAUGACCCAGCAAGAGCGUUGGAGAACCUUCGCUUCACUCUGGAACACGAGCAAUUGGAGGAUACAGAAUUGGCGACCCAUUGGGUGCUCAACCGAUUGGCGGAUGAAAAAGUUGCUCGACAGUUCCGGGAUUUGUUAACAGAAUUCGGUGCCGAGUUCACUGAACUUCCGUUAGAUCUGGAGGAGUAUGCGCAUGCCUCAUUUCAUGCGGUGAUAGAGGACCGUGGAGUGGAUCAGGUGCAUAUCGAGAACACGGGUGAGGACCUGUGGACCAAGAACCAGAAUAUCAACGCCGUCUACGGCAGCAAGAACCGAUAUGCGUUGGGCAUUAACACGGCGCGGAAUUUCAUGUUAGAUAUUGCAAGAAACAGUGGGGCGAGGUGGUUGCUGCCAUGGGAUCAGGCUUGUUUCCUGACUCGCGAAGCUUGGGAGCAGAUUAAACGCGAUUUGGAUAACGCGUCGCCGGACCAAAAGUACUUUCUGUCGUUUAUGGAUCGGUUGCAGGAUAAAAACGAUGUUAUCUUCACUCCAGGUUUCAAGGCCAAUCCAUGGGAGGAGCCACAAAUUAUCUUCCGAAACGAUAGUAUUGAACGCUUUGACGAGCAGCUACGGUACGGCCAGAGAGAUAAGGCUGCGCUGCUUGUUCGGUUGCAGGUCUCAGGUGUUUGGGACGGCUGGGGAUGGAGUUCGUGGGAGCAGCGGCGUACCUAUGCGAACGUGUCUAAGGAUGUCACUGGACCCGAAGCAGUGCCCAGUACAGGUUACGUGUUGCGUUUAUACUCCGGAUUGACAUCUAGCGCUGAGGCGAACCGCCCUUCAGCAGGUUACUGGCGCGAAAUACGACGUGCGAAAGGCGUGAUUGCACUGCUGAAUACACUGGAGGAGCGGGUAAUGCGAGAAGUUUACGAUUACCACUCCAACAAAUUCCUCAUUUACAACGAGACCUUGCUACAGAAAUUCAAGGAGAAGACAGGGAUUGAUGAAGAUAAUGAACUUAUUUCGUCGCUGAUAAACGAUGCCGAUCACGCUCGUUUAGUGUCGAAACCUUGGACAAUUACGAGCAAUGAGGCCCUCGAUCCGAAGCGUGACCCUCGUGUGUUCUCGAAUUUCUUCGAUCAUAAGUCAGAGGUGCUUGGCGACGGUGAAAUUAUCCGCGAAAUGGCCUACAACACCACAGCGCUGGCUCUGGCUUGGCGUCUUACAGAUAACAAUCAAUAUGCUGAACAAGCAGCAGCCUUCCUUGAUGUCUGGUGUGCAGACACGACGAUCGCCAUGCGGACCACGCUCGAGUACGCAGAUAUGUCGUACCAAAAGCUGCUCACGAGCAAAGGCAAUUCAACUCGUGGGUCACUCAUGGGGAUUCGACACACAGCAGUGAUUCCGAUGCUAUUGGAUGCGGUUCGAUUGCUCAAUUCUACCAACUCGAACUCAACAAGCGAAGGAGUACUACCCCAUGAAUUAGGCGACAAGAUCAUCAUCUGGGCUCAAGAGCUUUAUGACAGUCUCCUGUCAUCUUAUGCGCGCGAUACGUUUCGUUUGUCUCCUGGGCUUUUUGCUCUGUUAUACGACGUGCAGGUGGCUGCAUUGGCGGCAUUUCUGGACAAUCCAAAUGCGCUCCGAUUCACGCUUGGAACGAUGCAAGGGCGACUGAUAACGAUGAUAUCACCCGAAGAGAAACUACUGGUGCCUACGGGAGUAGCCACCAAGCCGUAUACUCUGCUGAUGCUUGCUACUUGGGGCUUUGCGGUAGACCUCGCAGAACACUUUGGUCUUGCAUCGCAUCUUUUCCACUUCGAUCUCAUGCCAAAUCGCCGCGAGGAACGAGUGAAUAAAGAAGGUGGCUUACUCUGUCGAUUCAUUGGACACACUGUUCCAUGUUGCCAAGCCAAGGUUACGAACGCGAAUGUAGGUCACCAGUGCAUGACAGCUCUGCAGCACGCUGAUGAAGCGCAGUUAUUGGUCUACUCGCGUAUUGUACGGCGAGCUGUGGAACACUGCCCCAUUUUGCUGAAGCGGCCCUCGUGUGCAUCGCUUGCACGCGUCCAACCCAAUUUAGCCGCUCUUUCCGCUCACGAAAUGAGUCGCUAUCUGCUGCCGUCGUAUUACUUCUUAAGUUCGGCAGUGUGAUCAUCCUGGCACGUAGACAAAAUGUUCAUGAGCUGUAUUGUAAUGGAUUAUCGGUUGUAAACAAUUUGUCCGAAGAUCAACAUGCACAAAGAGAUACGUGAAACUACAUGUACCAUCCAUAUGUGGAUAAUCCGCUCUCAGAG